AUGAAAUUCGCAAUCCUCAGUCUGUUUCUGUUCGGCGCAGUCGUUCUGGUUCAUAGCCAGGACCAAUCGGAACCGCUUAGCACCGAAGACACCACAGUGGCGGCGUCAGAAUCUACAGCACCUGCAGAAGCUGAAGACCCAUCGUCCGCUGCACCAGAAGAAUCGACCACCGAAGAGCAGGAAUCAUCCAGUCCCGAACCGGAGCCGGAGUCAACGACGGUUAGACCUUCGAAGCCACCGCAUCACAAGCCACCGCAUCACAAGCCACCGCACCAUGGAGGACAUCCGAGACCUCCACACCACCACCGACCGCGUCCACCAAUGAGGUUAUCGGGAAAACCGUUGGGACUGGUGCAUUUUCCGGAUGUUGAACAAGAAGAAAUUGAUUUUGAUAAUGAUAUGAUUGUGCUGUUGUAG